AUGCUUGGGAGCAAUUUCAUAAGGAAGGAGGAAAGAACACUCAUCGGUGUAAGAGCUCCACUACCCUCCACUAGGAGCAGGAGGAGAGAAGCUGAGGAGGAGGAUGAUGGUGAGGUGGCAGGGCCAUCACAUCCAUCACGACCACCAGCGUCACCACCGGAAGUGGGAGAUGAGGUGCAAGUUGAGGGGGAAGAGGAGCUGCAUUCCCCACCCCCAGCUCCUGAAGAGGAGGAGGAGGAAGUUCCCUACUGCCCCCAGGAGGUCAUCUCAGAAUUAGGACUUGAGAGAAAGCGGCUGCAGGGGGAAACCAAUGCUGAGAUUCAGUAUAUGAAGAAGAGGAUGGAAAAAUUCGAGAGGAAACAAAAACAAAGGGUCCAGAAGCUGAUGGACCUCCAAAAAAAAGUUGUUGCCUUAGUGCAUGUUUUUUUUUAA